AUGUUUAGAAACAAUUACGAUGGUGAUACAGUUACAUUUUCUCCAACUGGUAGAUUAUUUCAAGUAGAAUAUGCAUUAGAAGCUAUUAAACAAGGUAGUGUAACUGUUGGUUUAAGGUCAAAAAAUCAUGCAGUGUUAGUUGCUUUAAAAAGAAAUGCCGAUGAAUUGUCAUCAUAUCAAAAGAAAAUUAUUAAAUGUGAUUCUCAUAUGGGUCUUUCCCUUGCAGGUCUGGCUCCAGAUGCUCGUGUGCUAAGUAACUAUUUGAGACAACAAUGCAAUUAUUCUCAAUUGGUUUAUAAUAGAAAACUUUCUGUUGAAAAAGCUGGACAUUUAUUAUCCGAUAAAGCUCAAAGAAAUACACAAUCUUAUGGUGGUAGACCAUAUGGUGUUGGUUUAUUAAUUAUAGGUUAUGAUAAUAGUGGAGCACAUUUGUUAGAAUUUCAACCAUCUGGUAAUACAUUAGAAUUGUAUGGUGCUGCAAUUGGUGCUAGGUCACAAGGUUCAAAGACAUAUUUAGAGAGAGUACUCGACGAAUUUAUUCAAGUCGAAACAGCGGAUGAAUUAAUUAAAAUUGGUGUUGAAUCAUUAAGACAAUCUUUAAAAGAUGAAACUUUAACUGUUGAUAAUUUAUCAAUCGCUGUUGUUGGGAAAGAUAUGCCAUUUACAAUGUAUGAUGGAGAAAAUGUAUCCACAUAUUUAUAA